GAAAAUUGAUAUUGUUGUGAGAGGGAGAAUGAAAGACAGAGAGCGGGUAGGGCAGCCACCAGCAUCAUUACUUAAUGAUGAGAGAGGGAGACACAAGGCUGGUCUCUAAAUGACACAGAGAAGAAGGAGGGGAUUGUGGGAGAUUAAGUGAGCUCUGUGCUGUUUGCUAUACACUGCAAAGCACUGCAGGAUGUUUGUUGAGCAGCACUCUCAUUUGGGACGAGGAGAAAGCCGGUAGGGGGACCUUAAACUUGGCUGAGGAGAAAGGCGAAAGCAUUGUUCCGUGAGUGCCUCGGGAGGAGGAUCUGAGAAGAAGAUAAGGAUUAGACAGCAAUGUUUUGGGUAUUCAUUUAUGGGAUACAACUUCGAAGGAGAAAAAGCGCAGUAAAGUUGGAGUCUCAUGUUGUCGCUAAGCAGUUUACUUUUGAUUUGUGGUUCGGAAGUGUUUUUUUCUUUUUUUGGAGGGGGGGGAAUGGGAUUAACUAAGUGAGCCAAAUUGCUUACUUGUCUGGAAGUGGUAUGAACUUUUGUCCUUUCUGCCUUCAAAUUCAUACAGACUUACAGCGGGAAAUGUGUUUGAACUGAUCGGUGAUUAAAUAUUCAACUUUACGUCACUUGAUACUAAUUGAGAAGAAACAUCUUUUUAAAGGUGAAGUAUCUCCCUCUGUGCGUAUGACUUUUAAACACUAAGCUCUCGUAAUGUGUUUAAAAGUUUGCUACUUAGUGGACAAUGCUUUGGGACCUCAACAACUACUCGAUUAACUGACCGAUAGGAAAUUCAUUGGCAACUAUUUUGAUAAUCAGAUUAAUCAUUUUGAAUCAUCGUUUUAAGAAAAUUAAUGUCAAAAUGAUCUGAUUCAAGCUUCUCACAUGUGAAUAUUUUCAGUUGUUCAGUAUUGAUUAAUCGAGAAAAAUAAAUUAAUAAUCGAAAAUCAUCAUUAGUUGCCGCCCUACAAUGAUUACUGAAAAUAAAGUGUAUUAUUUCUGCAUACAUAGAAACAACUCUAACUAGACUGAGGGAGAACCAGAAGGAUUAGAAACCCUGAAGGACCCGACUUCCAGAAACAUGACACCUGGACUGUAUACAGGCCCUCUCCUUGCGCUGCUCUGUCUCCUCCAUGGCUCUGAGGAGACCUGUCCAUCCAUGUGCCUCUGUGUAUCUGACACAGUGAGCUGUAGCUCCAGUGGUCUGGCCAAGCUACCUUUGUCCCUGCCCUCCUUUUCUGUCACACUCGACCUCAGCCACAACCAUCUAUCCUGGCUGGGUCCGGAUGGCUUCAAGAGGAUGCCCAGACUGGAAAACCUCCGGAUGGCCCACAACAAGCUCAGCUCCCUGGGCCAUGGGGUGUUUCAAAAUGCCUCCAGCCUCAGGCUCCUUGACCUGUCCUCCAACAUGCUGCAUGUGGUGGAGCAACACUACUUCCAGGGGCUGUGGAGGCUAGAGGAGCUCCUUCUCUUCAAUAAUAAGAUCUCACAGGUAGAGGCUGGCGCUCUGAGCGGCCUGAGCAGCUUAAAAAUGGCCUACUUCAGCCUCAACCAGAUCACACACUUCCCAUUCUUCUCCAUCCAAGACCAUAGUCAUCCUUUCCUGACUAUGCUGGACCUCUCAUCCAAUCGUAUGACUCGUCUGCCAUGGGAGGAUGUGAAAGCUUUGCCCGGGUUGGUGCAGCGAGGGCUGUACCUCCACAACAACUCUCUGAUCUGUGACUGCUCCAUGUACAGUGUGUUCUGGCACUGGAAUCUGAGGGGUUAUGACUCACUAAAGGACUUUACGGAUGAGCACACUUGCACCAUCUAUGGGGACCCACGAGCAUCCAUCCGGUUCCUGCGACACACCCGCUUUUUCCACAAUUGCACUGUGGAAAAAGCCGUCUCACAGCCAGUGACUGUGCUCCUCUCCAACGUGUUGGUUUCAGAGGGAGAAAGAGUGCGUCUAGACUGCCAAACGUCCCUGAGUAGCACAGACCUCUCAUUUACAUGGCUCUCCCCCAGCAAGGGGUACAUCACCCAGGCCAGCAUAAAUGACACGCUAAUUAGCCUGUUUGCUAAUGGUACCUUGGAGAUCCAAGCAGCCAAGGUCAAUGACACAGGUCUGUACGUGUGCACAGCGGUGGAUAUUAAACAGGCACUGAAUGCAACCCGUGAGGUGAAUGUGACUGUGCUGCUGCCUGUAGCAGAGUCAUUCAACACCGGCUACACAACGUUGCUGGGCUGUGUGGUGACCAUGGUCUUCAUCCUCAUGUACCUCUACCUGACUCCAUGUCGCUGCAGCUACUGUAAACAGCCCAAACCUCCACUCAUCCCCAUUGCGGCCUACGACCCCAGCACCCUAACUUCUGUUUUCUCCCCCUCCACAAGACAGCAGCCCAAAAUCCAAACUAAUAAGCAUGUAGCAUUCAUGGAGCCAAUGAUAAGUGAAGAAGGAACAGAAUUAACACCUGAAAGUUGAUGCUGAGCAGGGUUUUUUCUUUUCCUUUUUUGGGUUGGAAACAGAAGACGUCUGGACAAAGCAAAACUCCUUACUCAGGAAUUAGCGGCGAGAUGCAAUCAGAAGUGAGUGUUAACACUGUAAAGGGAAAAAGAACAUCAUGUCUCUUUCCCGACUCCCAGCUGCAGUUAAAAGGCCUUCUAGACAAAAAAAAGCAAUAUCUCCUGUUCCAAUUGUGCUCUUCUCUGUCAUCUGGCCCGGUAGUCGAAAUUAAAGUUUCAACUUUGGUUUAUUACCCUCAGUGUACUGACAUUGCUAAAUCACAGUAGAGCCAUUAUCAUCCCUAAAAAUCAGCUAAUAACUUCUCUGUGUACUCAGGUACAGCACUAGGGGGGAAUAUUUCUCGUGAGAUCAGAGAAUGAAUCUGGCUCACUUUUCACAGAAAGUGUUAAACAAGGAUUAAACCCCCCGGAAAAAUGCUGCAAGUUUAUGACAGUAACAGACAGCAGGAAGUAAGUUCAGCCUGUGUAUAGUUGAGUUGAGGUGCUCCAUAUUUAGUGUGGAAGAGAUAGGCACUAGCACUGCACCAGCUGAAGAUAACUUAGAUACAGCAGAUAUUUCUUAAAAUAUGUAGCUUAAACAUGAAGCACCUAAAACUCUAACUCCUGAAAACUUCUGUUUCCUGUGUUCUUAAUAAAGGAUUUGUUCCCUUUAGAUCAGUUGCCUGCUCUGCUGAUAUAGUUUUGGUUUUGAAGGCAAUUUUAGCAAACCAAUUACUAUCAUAUAAAAAAAGAAGAAUUAAGAUACAGCAAGAAAAGCAAUGAAUGUUUCUGUGCAGAAGCCAUAGCUUUCAGCAAACAUUUAAAAAUCUUAUCUAGCAGAAAACAGAGGUGCAUCCUGCAGUGAUCCAUCAUAAAUAUAUAUAUUGCAUAUAAACCUGUUGUAUUAAUCUGGCAGGGAAAAACAAUGACUCUCUAUCUGCGCUCUGCUUAUCUGGCAAAUAGUGAAGUACAGAAAUCAGGAGUGUCAACAAACCAAAAACAAACAGCAAUUGGACUGCUCUUCAAAGACGGCAUCUCUUUGAUCAAACACAGCUGAGCACUUUGAACACUGCGGAACAAACACAACCACAAAAUUUUAACUGGAGUGACAAAUACUUCAAGCAGCUCUGACGCAAACCCCGAGGGGGGCAUUACUUUGUAUAGCUUUGUUUUUUCCUUAAUUCAGUGUAACAUGCUUCAAAUGACAGAAUAACACUCUGCAACGCUAGAGAUGAAAGAAGAUGCUGAAGAAGGACUUGCAUGCACUGCAAGUGUGUGGGAUGAGAACAUGAAGUCGAUGACAUGAAAAAGGGUGGCUGGGGAUGAUGGGAUGUUCAAAACCUGAUGAGACAAACAGUAGCUUCAAAAGAAACAAAUCAAUUUUAAUCUUAAUGCAAACACUAGGUGAGACUAAGGAUUGCAUCGAGAUUGAACAGGAUUAGAUGUAAUCCUUUAUAUAAUGUCAAAGAGAAGUCGUCAGUAAGCACACAUCUCACAAAGGACAGCAUGUUGUUAGAGAAGGGGCAUUUGAUUAUUUCUAAAUCCUUAAUUAAAACUCCUUUCAAGCCCGAGGAGACUAAUAUUGUUGUGCAACUUGAAUGUAAAUUCAGACAAAAAAAGGUGGAAAUCUGAAAUCAAAUGGGCAGCCGUGCAUGAAACUGGGACAGAUUAACUCUUUGACAGCACUGAGUUUCAUCACUAUUAAACUCUCAGGGAUUAAGCAAAAAUCUGUUAGACUAAGAGAGCACUGUGUUAUGAUGCACCACUCUGUUUAAUCACACUGCUACUGACUUGUUACAUUUAGCAAAGUUUAAAAUGUUUUCACCAUGGUAAGCAACAUUCAAAUUCCUGAACAAAGAUUACGUAACAUGCCGCUAUGUGCCCAUGAUGUAACAUCAUGUAUCAGAGUCUUUCAUGACCCGUUGUUUUUCAGAGACAGUGUACUAGAGACAUUACACGGUGUGAUGAGUUGGGGUUAGGUUUUAGGAGAUUACAACGAGGAUAAAAACCAGGUGCUUUGUCAAUUUCAAUGUUUUUAAAACCCUCUAAUCUGGUUCCGCUCUCUGACACAGCACACACAGCUGGGUUGGGAUUUAUUGUUUCUGAUAUGAUUAGCAGACAGGUUAAAACAUAGAGGACAUGAUGUGAGCAUUUCAUUAAGGGCUUUCUAUUUCACAGAGGGUCCACUGGUGACCCUGGUUAUGUAAGCACACUGCUGUUUUAGGGAAUCAACCUCAGUGUAGGCAGCAUGCCAGAGUUAGAAUGAGUAAAGUUAGUAUCCCGAUGCCAUUUGGUAUCCAGUGUUUUAUUUUAACAUUGUGACAGCAAGUACUUUACUGAUAAUGGGAGGCCUCAGCAGUGUAUUUUCAAAAAACGUGGUAUAAAAAGCACAGCAUAAUUUUGCUCUAUCAAAUUGUCACACGCAUUCCUGCUCAUUUGAAACAUGAGGAGGUAGUGAAUAGUUUGCUGAAAUCAGGAGCACUGCAAUAUUCCCUGUUUCAUUUGCUCUAACAUUUACACAUUAAUAGAUAAUCCUAAUAAUUACACUUUAAAAUAACAUGAAUUUCUAGGCUACACAGAAAGGUGCAGGUCUGUAUAGCUCAGUCUGUCUGCAAAUUAUCCUGAACAACUCUAACAAAUUACCCAGAUGUAAAGGAAGGAGCUCUUGAUGCUUUAAAAUAUGCCUUUCUCCAAAGCAAAACACUCCAUCAGGCUUCAAUUAAAGCAUGCACUUCCCUUUCCAGAUUAAUUGUUUUCCCCUAGUUCGGCUGGGCUCCAAGGGAUUCAAAAUCAUCUUAUUCAAGAAUCUAAUUACUGUGGAAGGGGAGUCUAACUCUGAAUAGCACAAGUUGAAUUGCUUUCACUAUUGGAGGGUUGCCUUGACUGUCAACGGGGGCUAUUACUGAACUGUCAGAACACUCAUCAGGCUGGAGUGGAGGCGUCCAGCUGUGGCAGAUACAUACACAUCUUUCAGACGCUGCGACACCCACAUACGCAAGCUCAGUGGAGGCCCAAUGUCACCAAACCGACAAAAACCCUUAUUUCACUGUAAUUGGACACUUUACUUGGAAUAUGUGCUUGAGAAAAACACACAGCAUUCAUUUCAGAACAGCCCACCAGCCAGCUAUGCUAUACUGUAGAUCUUUUUUAGGAGGUAGGCUGCUUGCUUCCCAAAAAAGACUAAAAUCAAUGUGAACUGCUGCACACCAGACAACAGACUCUUUAUCAUAGCUCUGCGCUAAAUAUGAGCGCAGCCCAUUUUUCUGUGUUUUCGAAGCAGCUGGAUGUCCGACAUGUCAAACAGGAUCCUAGUCUCAGUCAGAUUACUGCGGAAGACAUUGCACAUGAAUGCCUCAUUAAUCAAAUGUAUAGAUCUAUCACAUUUUAUUACAAACAAACAGAACAUAUGCAGUGAUACACCCUAAUCUAAGCCAUUCAGCAUAUUGGAAGCAGUAUCCUGGCUCACUGUCUCUCUGGGGCUGUUAUGUGCUUCAGUGAGUAGAAUUUAGCUGGAUAUUAUAAGAUUUGACAGGUACAAUGACUCAAAGUAUUUUAAGUUUUAUAUUGUUGCUCAUGACCACUUUUCUACAACAUCCUCUUGUCUUUUUAUUCUUCCUCUGUGUUCAGCUUGUGUCAUUUCUCCUACCAGCUUUAUUGUAUCAUGUGGUAAUGGUGCUUCCCUUGUUAUUAUCUGUCACACUUGUCCAGUAAAAGACAACAAUGAACUUUGAUGAAA